AAAUAUCAAAAGCGUAGUGCUCUCUGCAAUAACAAACACUGUUUCUUAUUCUUCUUAUUCCACUACGCUGCGCCGCUUUGUCUUUGUCGCAAUCUCAGUCAUAUGGAGAAAGACAUGGCAUUGAUGGGAGACAAACUGAUAUUGAGAGGUUUGAAAUUUUACGGUUUCCAUGGAGCUAUUCCUGAAGAGAAGACGCUUGGCCAGAUGUUUAUGCUUGAUAUAGAUGCUUGGAUGUGUCUCAAAAAGGCCGGUCUAUCAGACAACUUAGCUGAUUCAAUCAGCUAUGUCGACAUUUACAACUUGGCAAAGGAAGUUGUAGAAGGAUCAUCAAGAAACCUUAUGGAGAGAGUCGCAGGACUUAUAGCUUCCAAAACUCUGGACACAUUCCCUCAGAUUACCGCUGUUCGAGUAAAGCUAUGGAAGCCAAAUGUUCCGCUUAUUCAAAGCGGUCUCGAUUAUUUAGGGGUCGAGAUUUUCAGAAAUCGCGCAACUGAGUAACACGAAAAGAAUCAUUUGUAUCCCAAUUCUGUUGUUGCAUACAUGGAAAUCUAAUUUUUUCAUUUCCAAAAGCUUAUAACAUGUCCAAGAUUUUUUAAGAAUUUUUCUGCUACAAAGUUUAAAUAAGAGAGAGAUUGGGGAAUA